AUGGAUAUGGCAAGAUGUCUCGAGACUCACCUCGCCUACAAGGUCUGGAUUGCCUUCCUUAGAGGCGAAUUCGCUGUUGUCGUGAACACCCUCUUCGCGCCCGGGACCCACGUUUCAUCACGAACGGCCACGGAGAGUCAAUACCGGAAGAUACUCCACUGGCUAGAGGAUACAGACUCGAGGCGAGUGCCCAUCUCCACGCCCCCGCACCCUCGUUUCGUGGUGGUGGCUCAGAAAUAUGUCGAUUUACCGGCAGCGUGGGGAGAGCUCGCGGGCGGAGGGUCUGGGCAAGACAAGAGACUGUCGCCUACGGGCUCGCUUGUUCUUCGUGGUUCGAUGAUCAAAGAAGUACAGAUAUCCCUUGUUUGGUUGGUUGUCCACUAA